AUGUCCAGCACACAAGCACGGAACGUAACAAUUGAACUCAACGACGAUCAGUCGGCGCUGACGCUUCGCGUGCGGUUCACUCUGCCGUGCAGCGACGUGCAGAAACUCGCGAUCAAUUAUCGUCUCGCGUACGAGGUCGUAUCGCUCAGCACCUUUACCAACUACUUAUCCUUCCCUCCAAGCGCUGACCCGUUACCGACGAUUGUCCAGGUGUGUCUCGCGCUGAAAUACUUCACGCAGCUGAUGGGAAUAGCGCACUUGCUCGAGAAGAGCGCGGUCCAUAUCUGGUCACUCUGGCUGCGCUUCGAUACCAUCACUGAGAUCGGGUUCGUCCUCCCAGACAAAGGUCCCACGGCCAUUGCGCUCACGGACGGCGAGAAUUUGCAUGCGUGGUUUACGCUUCGCAACGGCGUCCAGGAAGCGACAUCGAUGUACACAUACAUGUUAUCCGUGUUUAUCGGUGUCGCGCUGCUCCAGUUUGGAUGUACGGUGGCCGGCAUUCUCUUUUACUGCAUCUCGGGCUCGGCGCCGCUUCCCACGUACUUUUUACUCGUGAUCGGGCUACUUGGAUCGCUCUCGACACUCGCGAUGCUCGUACCCCUCGCAGCUGCGCUUGACAUUCAGCGCAACCACAGCGUCAUGCUGCGAAAGCACCUCCUCGAGCUCGAGUUUCAGCGUCGAAAGGCGCAGUUACAAGACGACGCAACAACGUUGGACGAGCGCAUUGCGAUGUUUGAGACCGUCAUUGAUGCGAUCGAGCACAAUGACGACCGUCUUGCAUUUUUCGGGAUUGAAAUUUCUCUGGCGCGGCUCGCAACGCUCAGUGCAACUUUGGUGUCGCUCCUCUCGUUUGUGGUCUUUCGCGCCGUGCCGAUCACGUGGUCCGACCUCAACAGCUUCAAUAUUGUGCGGCCGGAGAUAGCUUUCGGCCUUGGCAGCCGCAACGAUAGCGACCCAGAUGACCACCGCGCCCGCCAGACGCCGUUGCCGACGUCUCCUCGAUCGACCCGCCGCCAAGACUCGGGCAACACGAUGGGUACCGAGUCCACGAUGGGCUGGAAGCUCUACCCCGACGGAAAGAUGGGCAACAUGACGGCCGGCGAUUUCGAUGUCUAUAUGGCCAAGAUGAUGGAGCGGAACCGUGACGUAGCCGAGCACGAGUAUCAUCAAACGUACCAAGCCUCCCAAGGCUACCGCCAGAACCCGAUCCAGCUGCCGUCGUUCGCGCAUUUGAAGCCGAUCGACUUUGAGAAGGUCGAGGAAGAUGUCGGCCGUGUCGCUCGUACAACACACAUCCUCUGCGUGAAUUGA